UGUUGUCUCUCAGCUCUGACGGUUCUGUUCUGUCCCCAACGGAGUUUCUAAAUUUUUCCGUUACAAUUUGUAUGUAUACAACCCAACUUCCUUUCUUCAUUUCUCAUCCAAAUUCAUCUUCCUCUCACUACCUUUCUCGUUUGGAAUCUCCGGCGGCCUUUCUGAAUCGGAUGGGGAUGAUGGUGGCCGGAAGAGAAUGAGGGAUACGCACUUCCGAUCAUGUCGAUCUCUUCUUCCUCCAAUUGCUUCAUUGACUCUCACCUACUCUGUGAUGAGGACUCCUCCGGUAUUUUGUCUGGAGAGUCGCUGGAGUACUUGACGGAUUUUGAAUCGGCGGAUAGUAGUGAGGAUUCUAUCGCUAGUUUCAUAGAGGACGAGAAGCACUUCGUUCCUGGAAUUGAUUACUUGUCGCGCUUUCAGUCUCAAUCGCUGGACUCUUCCGCUAGAGCUGACUCUGUUGCAUGGAUUCUCAAGGUUCACUCGUAUUACGGUUUUCAACCACUCACCGCAUACCUCUCCGUGAACUACUUGGAUCGUUUCCUUUAUUCUCGCCCCUUGCCGGAAACAAAUGGGUGGAAGAUGCAGCUCCUUUCAGUGGCUUGUUUGUCACUUGCAGCAAAAAUGGAGGAACCCCUUGUUCCUUCUUUCCUGUAUCUCCAGAUUGGAGGAGCAAAACAUAUAUUUGAGCCUAGAACAAUACGUAGGAUGGAGCUUCUUGUGCUGACAACUUUGAAUUGGCGGCUGCGAUCUGUAACGCCCUUGAGCUUUAUCGGAUUCUUCGCCUACAAAGUUGAUCCCAGCGGAACAUUUUCCAGUUUUCUCAACUCACGCUCCACAGAAAUUAUUCUGUCCAAUCUUCGAGACGCUAGCUUUCUCGAGUACUGGCCCUCCUGCAUUGCUGCCGCAGCCUUACUAUGUGCGGCAAAUGAAAUUCCAAAUUUGACCCUCUUGAAUCCUGAACACGCCGAGUCCUGGUGCAACGGACUGAACAAAGAAAAAAUUGGUGGGUGUUAUCGGCUAAUGCAGCAGCCGUUAGCAUCGAAAGUGAUAGUGCCACUCCGAGUCCGAAUCCGAGCUGGGUUGAGGUACAUUGACUCAUCAUCCUCAUCCUCCCCAUCAUCAACAUUACCUUUUAAAAGAAGAAAAUUGAAUAAUUGCGUGUACCCAGAAGAUGACAAAGAAAAUUCCGAACUUAGAGAAGAUCAGUAAAUUUAAAAAGAAAGAAAGAAAUAUCUAUAUAUAUAAUUAGAGGAGCAAGGAUUAAGGAGAAAACUGGAAAGGGACCAAGAUUGAUGAUACGUCGUCGUAUACAUUUUGGGUAAUUUCCAAAAUAAGAAAUAAAAAUUUGUUGGUGGGGGAGAGAGUGAGGCUUGCACAAGGGAAGGAGGAAGUUUUGUUGCUGUAGAACAUAUUAUAAUUCUGGUGUGAAACAAACAAAGGAAGGUUACAUAAUUUUAUUUUUAUUUAU